AGUGAGUGAGUGAGCGAGCGAGCGAGCGAGUGAGUGAGUGAGUGAGUGAGUGUGUGUGUGUGUGUGGAAGGGGGGACUCGGCUCGUUGUUGUCGGGGACUUCCCCCUCCCCUUCCCCUUCCCCGCCGCCGCUGCAGUGUCCGCUGCCUGGGCCGUAGGAAAUGAGCGAUAACGAUGACAUCGAGGUGGAGAGCGACGAAGAGCAACCGAGGUUUAAAUCUGCGGCUGACAAACGGGCUCAUCAUAAUGCACUGGAACGAAAACGUAGGGACCACAUCAAAGACAGCUUUCACAGUCUGCGGGACUCGGUCCCAUCACUCCAAGGAGAGAAGGCAUCCCGGGCCCAAAUCCUAGACAAAGCCACAGAAUAUAUCCAGUAUAUGCGAAGGAAAAACCACACACACCAGCAAGAUAUUGACGACCUCAAGCGGCAGAAUGCUCUUCUGGAGCAGCAAGUCCGUGCACUGGAGAAGGCGAGGUCGAGUGCCCAGCUGCAGACCAACUACCCCUCCUCAGACAACAGCCUCUACACCAACGCCAAGGGCAGCACCAUCUCUGCCUUCGACGGAGGCUCGGACUCCAGCUCAGAGUCGGAGCCUGAAGAGCCCCAAAGAAGGAAGAAGCUCCGGAUGGAGGCCAGCUAAGCUCCGGCGGGGCAGGCCAGCAAUAAAAACUGUCUGUCUCCUCCGUCGUCUCAUCCUCCUAUUAGUUCAUCUUUAGAACCCUCAGAACCAUUUAAGAGACUUUAUUUUUUUUCCCUCUUUUUCCCUUUUUUUUUUAAAUUUUAUUUUUUUUGUAGAAGCUCUUGGACAACAGCUCUCGUUUUCCUUUCCCAUUUCCACUUUAUUUUUUAAAACCUUUCCCUUCAGGGAUUCCCCGUUCCCACCAGGAAUUUUUAAACCAAAACACCCCAACUUAGCAGCUUUUUUCUAUGGAGGACAGACGGCCAGCCGGACCUCUGAGCACAUGGUGUCCUGACCACCACCAGCUCCUCCUGCCCUGCCGGGCAUGUGCCCUGGAGACUCCUGCCCUCCCAGCCCCCAAGGCCGCUCCUCCCAGGUCACCCUCACCUCUGAUAGACUUUGUGAAUCUGUUGGACUGCUCUGCUUUCCGAAGAUGACCUGUUCGGAGUAAUCAGA